CAGACCUGCCCCCAGUGAAUGGACGCCUGGACCUGGGACAAGUCGUGGGGAGUUUAAGAGAAGGGGAUGGAGUAAAGGCGCAGCCAGAGCAGGGGGGAAGCGACAGGAGAAACACACAGCGCUGGAACUGAGUAGCCGUCUGACCCCCAGUCUGCACUUGUGUCGCUAUCGGAAGAACAGCUACUUCCUAAAGCUUCUGUGUGUGCCCCGCCAUUAGCACUGUAAGGCACCUCCAGCCAUGCAGCAUUAUGGUGUGAAUGGCUACUCUCUGCAUGCAAUGAAUUCACUAAGCGCCAUGUACAACCUACAUCAACAGGCAGCACAGCAGGCACAGCAUGCACCAGACUACAGGCCUUCUGUACAUGCACUUACUCUGGCCGAGAGACUGGCUGGCUGUACAUUUCAAGACAUCAUUUUGGAAGCCCGUUAUGGAUCCCAGCACCGAAAACAGAGACGCAGUCGCACUGCAUUCACAGCACAGCAACUGGAAGCUUUAGAGAAGACCUUUCAGAAAACUCACUAUCCUGAUGUGGUGAUGAGGGAAAGACUAGCCAUGUGCACUAACCUUCCUGAAGCCAGAGUACAGGUCUGGUUUAAGAACAGGAGAGCCAAGUUCCGCAAGAAGCAAAGAAGUCUUCAGAAAGAGCAGCUGCAGAAACAGAAGGACUCCGAGGUGAGCAAUAGUGAGGGCAAGACUGAAUCCACCCCUGCAGAUUCUGCAACAUCUAACCAAGAUUCCAAGAAGGCCCAUAGCUCAGUGAAUGACUCCAGCGUGGAGCUGAACCUCACCCUCUCAGAACAGUCCGCUAGUGAAUCAGCUGCUGAAGAACAUACUGACAAAGAAGAAGAGCCAAAAACCCCAAAAGAGGAACCCAAAACUGAGAAAAAUCCCAUUGCAGACACCAAGCCACUGAACUGCAAGAGAGCAAGUCCAAAAACAGAGUCUCCAGUCAGCAGCACAAUGACACCCUCCUCCAGCAGUUGCCUCACCCCAACUCAUUCCUACUCAUCUUCACCCCUGAGCCUCUUCCGCCUGCAGGAACAGUUUCGUCAGCACAUGGCAGCUACCAACAACUUAGUCCAUUACUCUUCCUUUGAUAUGGCAAGUCCACCAGCAGUGCCUUACCUGGGCAUGAAUGUCAGCAUGGCUCCCCUGAGCUCUUUGCAUUGCCAGUCAUAUUACCAGUCUUUGUCCCAUGCACAGCAGGUCUGGUCUUCCCCCAUUCUGCAGUCUUCAGGGGGCCUUCCAAGCCUAAACAGCAAAACUACAAGUAUAGAGAACUUGAGGCUCAGAGCAAAGCAACAUGCUGCAUCUUUGGGACUUGAUACCUUACCUAACUGACUUGAAAUCACAGAUAACAAAAAACUGUGUUGAUACCAAUCGUUUCUUAGGAACGCUAAAACCAGACAGAAGCUUUGUAAACACUGCCGCCAAAUGCCAUGCACAGUUCCAUACAGACCCUAUUUAAAUGUAUGAUGUACAGGACCCAUCAGCUGCCAGACAUAGACCACUCCUGUACUUUCUGCACUGAAAUCAAGUGACUUAAUUACACAGGAACCUUGCACAGUUCCUUCCUUUGGUGAUGUCCUAGUAAAUUGGAACAGUACAUUUAAAACCUUCUAUUCUGCUGGGCAAAGAUCAGCUAAAAUCACAAAUGAACAGGCAUGUGCACUAUGAAGAUUGUGGCUUAAGUAAUACAGUCCCGCAUAAAGAAGGUCCAGUGAAAUGUGUUAGGUGCAUAUGUCAAGUAAUCUAACAUUUAUAGCUGCAUUCAGUCUUCCUUGUAAAAAAUGAAAGCUUUAGGCAAGAAUAUGUCCUUGGUAUGGACUGUGUCUCAAAAAGAGGUGAGGCUGUCUCUUUCCUUUGACGGAAUGCUAAGUAAUCAUUUCCUUUUGGGCAAUAGGGACUCCAUGCAACUCGCCAUACUCCAGCCCAUGUCUCUUAUAUGUGUGAUUUACAGCUUAAGGGUGUACGCACAGACAUUAGGGAAAAAGAUGAUACAUACCUAAAAAGGAAUUAAUAAAUAUAUCUUAAAAACACUAUACAAACCUUAGGCCUUCAAAUGUUGAAACAGCUAAAGCAGAGAAAACGGCUUCAUAUUAUAAAGAUAAUUCAGUGCCAGUUGAAACCAUUAUUCUACAUAUCACAAUAAAAUGAUAUUUAAACCCUUAUAUCAAUGAAAAAGAAAGAUCUGAUAAAAUAUUUGUUGCUUAAAGUUCUCACCUCAAGUUUGUAAGUCAUUCCAUUCAUAGAGUCGGCAAUAUUAGGCAAUAUUUAUGGAUCACAUCUUAUUAAAUAAACCCUGUACUGUUUUCACACACACACACACACACACACACAUAUAUAUAUUAAAUUUUUUGGGACAUAGAAAUAGCAAAAUAAUACUAGUUCAUUUGUAGUAUAUACAUCAGUAGAAAAAUGGAUUUGGCACUUUUUAUUGCUGAUGAAGUAUGGCCAAAAGGGCACAUUUAGCCGCCUGUCAUUUCUGCUUACUAGGAGCAUAUUAAGGCUUGAACUGGAGGAAGAAUUGUCAAGUGGAUUGAAAAUGGCUAAAUCAGAAAGCAUUUGUCUUUUCCCAGGAAGACUGAAUGGCCUGUACAGUUAUUUUGUAUAAAAUGUAAAGGAGCUGUCAUUUACAAGAAUAAAUAUCUGCUUGUAUAUAGGGGAAAUCGUGGGAAAUGUCCUUCAUGUGUGUAUGUCAGUGUUUCUCUGGAAAUUGUGUCAUUUUGUCUCUCCUCUGGUCCCUUUGCUGCCAGGUUGUUUGUAACAUAUUGCACAGUAAUGGCUUUGGGGCAGUGACAAGGAGGGGAAUGGUUAUAGUGGUAGCUCUACAUUGCUAGCCUGUUUUCAAUCAGAUUUACCAGUAAGAGGUGAAACAUUAAGGUCAGGGGUAAAAUGAAUAGAUUUGACUUAACCCUUCACUUAAUCUCAGCUUAUCCUUCAGUAUGUGGUGUGGUGCUUUUACGUGGGAUGCAUUCAAGGGUCAAGCAAAAAGGAUAAAAUGAAAAAAAAAUAGUUUUUCAUACAUAGUAAACCUUUGGCUCAUGUGCAGUUUCUGCUGAAAAAAUAUGGUUUAUCUAUACAUGUAACACGUAGCACACAAAUCAGCCACACUAAGCAGGGAACCAGUAUUUCCCUACUCAGGCUGAAAAGGAACGUUUCAUAAAAAAUGCUUGCCCCCAUUCAUAAGAAUGAAACACUUGGUUGCCCAGUACUUUAUGUAUUUAUGCAAUUAUACCCUGUCACAAAAGUAUUCCAGAAAAUCUAUCAGCGAUGAACAAAUACAGAAGUAAAUUAAUUUCUGCUCAAGCACUUCAUAAAAGGAUCACAUUAGGAACUGCUUCCUUACAUCUCUCUAUUCCCAAGCACAGAGCAGGCUCUUCUAGUAUAAAUCAAUAUAUGUAUAAAUGGCGGGAAUCACUGCAGCAGGCUGGAUACUUCUUUGUACAGCAGCAGCUCAAUUAACUUUAAAAAUGUUUGUGCUGUUUAUUUAUAAAUUAUAUGUAAAAGCAUUUGCAGUUCAUGGAUUUACCUUGAGAUUUUACAUGUAACAAUAAAAAAGGCUUGUAUGGCUUCUGCAUUGUUUGAGAAACAGGUUUUCUAUGAGUCUUUAAUGUGUUCAAAUUAAAUAUAUAAAUAGAA